AUAAGCUCUCUUUUUUCCCUGUCGACGAUUUCUCUCUCUCUCAUUAGGCUCGAACCCUCUUUCACUCUUUGUGUCUGUUACCAAACUCUACCCCUCUCUCUUAUCCGCUCUAUUCAGAGAAUCUUUUCUUCAAUGGACUUUCUCUGAACACUCAAAUCGAACAGAGAGUUUAAUAAAUAAAUGGCGAUGUCUCAUCUCUUUCUUUCUUCUUCGCCUCAAUCUUCACUGGCUCUGCGACUUCACUCGACGACCCAGGUAACCAUAUCUCUCUCUCUUCUCUUCUACAAAAUCUUCAAAAUAACUCUACCACCCAGCAAAAAGGUUGUAACUUUUCAUUAUUUCUUCAAUGGGUCUUUGGAUUAAUGUCAAAAAUUUCCACCUUUAGGUAUAUUGGAUCAAUUUCAAUCAGAUAGAAUAGUGAAUUUAGAGGUUCACAACUCUUAUUGGAUCCAUUAACCAUUUCACGUUGAGCUACUCUAAGAACAAUAAAGAUUGUUCCUUUCAGAGUGCAAAUGAAGCUAAAGUAUCAAAGAGAUCGUUGCUCUGUCGUGCAAUUCAUAUGGAAUCUGGACAUUCAGGGGAACAACCAAAGAAGCUUAAUUUCGAUAAUCUGUUGAGGAGAACCAAACAUGUUUGGGAUAAUUCUCCACAGCCGGUUAAGGAAUUUCCUUGGAAUAGAGCAUUCGGAAACUUCAUACAGCUCGUUCUUGAUCUCGCUAUAUCAGUCGUUAAGUUCUUGUUCGUUCCUAUAUUGGCGGUUUCUUCCAUUAGUGAGAUGUCUUAUUGUGCUCAUGAGAGGAAACUUGCUUUAGUCCCAUUUCCAUUAGUCAUCGGUAUGGUUGUCGCUGGCGUUCUACAAGAAACCGCUUUGAAGAUCUCGCCUCGUCUUAAGGAAGCGGAAGUACCGUGGCAUUUGAUAGCUAUGAUGAUGUUCUUCACUCUGAUUAAGCUUCCUGGACCAUAUUACCCGUAUUGGGGGCGUUUAUUAGUUCCACAUUUUGCAAAUGGAGUAUUACUUAGAGCACUUUGGUCCAUGUUCUUUUGGUAUAAGAAGACUAGAAACACAUCAGGAAAUCCUCUGCAGAAUCACAGUUUGGAAACAGAAUGAGCAUCUUCAUCAAAAGGCUGGUGUUUUAAAGUGCCAAGUGGUCACUUUGAUUAGUUUCGGGGAUUAUCUGGAACCUCGUGGAGUAGUGUUCGAGCAUAGAUAGGAGCUUUCUUCUUCUUCUUUUCUCUCUUCAAUCUCAGAGAAGUUGAGGUUAAUGAGUUAACAACAUCUUUUAGGCCAUAGAAUUGUUUUGUUUUGUGUUCUCUUCUUUGGAAAAUUGUCUCAGUUCUUGUGAAAACCGCUAUUCUUUGGAUAUGUAUUUGUAUCUUGAGUUUUUGUUUUUGGUCAGACAAAAUUUUAUUUGGUAAACUAAGUAAGAAACCAACCCAUGAUUGUACAAUUUUUGACUGUGUAGACGUUAGGCAUCGAGUGAUUGGUUACGGUUUAUGUAGUGUGUGUAACUGAAUCCAUAAUUUUAAACAUUUUAAGCAAAAAACAAA